AUGGCCUCCGCUGUAGCCAAACGCCUAGAAGGCAAGACCGUGGUGAUCACCGGCGCUUCGUCUGGAAUUGGAUAUUCUACUGCCAAGGAGUUUGCGCGCACUUCCCCCGCGAACCUCAAAAUUAUUGUCACAGCUCGACGAGUUGACAAGCUUGAGCAAUUGGCCAAGGAGAUCAAGGAGGAAGUCGGUGAUGGAGUGAAAGUGUUGCCUGUUGCUUUGGAUGUGUCGAAUCCUCAGCAGGUGAAGGAUUUCAUUCCUUCGUUGCCGGCCGAGUUUCAGGAAAUUGAUGUCUUGGUCAACAAUGCUGGCCUCGUCAAGGGUGUUGCGCAAGCCCCUAACAUCGAACCAGAAGAUAUCAAUGUUAUGAUCGCUACCAAUGUCACUGGCUUGAUCAACAUGACCCAGGCUGUCCUGUCCGUCUACAAGAAGAGAGACCAAGGUGGUCGGGGAGACAUCAUCAACAUUGGCAGUAUUGCCGGCCGUGAACCUUAUUCUGGUGGAAGCAUCUACUGUGCUACGAAAGCCGCAGUGAGAAGCUUUACCGACUCGCUCAGGAAGGAGCUCAUUUCUACUCGCAUCCGAGUGAUUGAGAUUGACCCCGGUCAAGUUGAGACAGAAUUCUCCGUUGUCCGCUUCUACGGUGAUAAAUCCAAGGCAGACGCCGUCUAUGCUGGUUGUGAGCCUCUCACUCCAGAGGAUAUCGCAGAAGUCAUUGUCUUCGCCGCUGGACGCAGAGAAAAUGUCGUUAUUGCAGACACUCUCAUCUAUCCCAGCCACCAGGGCGGUGCCGGUGCCAUUCACCGCAAGUCUUGA